AUGGUAGAGUGGAAGUGGGCCUCAGUGUUCCACCUCUCACAGCCUCUGGCUCACGAGGCAGAGGCUUCCUUCUCUCACCCCAACCGGAGAAAAGGAGGAUUGGAGAGGCUCCUGACGGAACUGCUGUCAGACGCCAGAACUGGAGAGAAGGGUCUGGCUGGAGCCACUGGGGAGCGUUAUAUUGUGACCUCCACAUUGGGACAGAGUCUUUCAUGUCUGUUCCACAGGGCCAUAGCGCAGAGUGGCACAGCCAUCUCCAGCUGGUCCGUUAACUACCAACCCCUCAAGUACACCAAGAUCCUGGCCCGGAAGGUGGGUUGCACCUACGCAGAGACGGCUGACCUGGUUGACUGCCUGAGGCGCAAGAACUUCAGAGAGCUGGUGGACCAAGACAUCCAGCCGGCCCGCUAUCACAUCGCCUUUGGGCCUGUUGUGGAUGGAGACGUAGUUCCUGAUGAUCCAGAGAUUCUCAUGCAGCAGGGGGAGUUCCUAAACUAUGACAUCCUGAUAGCAGUGAACCAGGGAGAGGGGCUGAAGUUUGUGGACGACAGUGAGGACAACGACGGCAUCUCAGCUGCGGCGUUCGACUACACCAUCUCCAACUUUGUUGACAACCUCUACGGAUACCCAGAGGGCAAAGACAUCCUGAGGGAGACCAUUAAGUUCAUGUACACAGACUGGGCGGACAGGGACAACGGCGACAUGCGGCGGAAGACUCUGUUGGCCCUGUUUACGGACCACCAGUGGGUGGCACCAGCUGUGGCCACUGCCAAACUCCAUGCUGAGUUUCAGUCCCCAGUUUACUUUUACACGUUCUACCACCUCUGCCAGACCGAGACGCGGCCCGAGUGGGCCGAUGCCGCGCACGGAGACGAGAUACCUUACGUGUUCGGCGUACCGAUGAUCGGUGCCACGGACCUGUUCCCGUGCAACUUCUCCAAGAACGAUGUGAUGCUGAGCGCUGUGGUCAUGACUUACUGGACUAACUUCGCAAAGACUGGUUACCCAGACCCUCUGGCCGAUGCAGUGAAGCAAAGUGCUCAGCAUGGGCUCCUCCUCCUGCAUCACAGGGAGCUUUGCAGAAUGGACACUGUUUGCCGCAACCAACCAAUUUGUUGAAAAGCUCAUUCUGGGGAUUCAUUUUGAGGUGUUUUAGUUUCAUUUCAAAGUUCAAUGUUUGGAAUUCUGUUCUGAGAUCUUGUGCCAUCUCAUUCACAGACACUGUGAGACAGUCAGCAAACUGUUCCUUGUCAGCAUUAUUCAGGAUCAU